UAGUCUCAACCUCAACCAGGAGGCAUCAAGAGUCCCCCCCAAAACCAACCAACCAAAUUAAAGCCUCACUCUCUUUCUCUUCAUUUGUAGAUUCCUAUACUGUUGCAAGGAAAAUAAAACAAAGAUAGUAUAUACAUGGUGGUGUUCAUGGAUUAUUUGGAAUGGUUGUUUGCAAUUCCAAGUGUCCCUUCUGCUUCAGCAAUGUUCACCCUGCUUGCUUUAAUUGGAGGAUUGUUGGUUUAUCUGUAUGCACCCUAUUGGGGGUUAAGGAAGGUUCCAGGGCCACCAUCUCUGCCCCUUGUAGGACACCUUCCCUUGCUGGCAAAGUAUGGUCCUGAUGUGUUCUCAGUCCUGGCCAAGCAAUAUGGUCCUAUUUACAGAUUCCAUAUGGGAAGACAGCCACUAAUAAUUAUAGCAGAUGCAGAGCUUUGUAAGGAGGCUGGAAUAAAAAAAUUCAAAGACAUUUCAAACAGAAGUAUUCCCUCACCAAUUUCUGCUUCCCCUCUUCACCAAAAGGGCCUCUUCUUCAGCCGGGAUUCACAAUGGUCUACCAUGCGAAACACUAUAUUAUCAAUGUACCAGCCAUCAUACUUGUCCAGAUUAGUGCCAACAAUGCAGUCCUUCAUAGAAUCUGCGACUCAAAACCUUGACUCUCAAAAAGAAGACAUAAUUUUCUCCAACCUGUCCCUAAGAUUAGCAACUGAUGUGAUUGGACAUGCAGCAUUUGGUGUCAACUUUGGCCUUUCUAGGCCACAUUCAGUUUGUGAUUCCAUCAAGAGUGUUAAUGUUAACAAUAACAAUAACAAUGCAAGUGCUAGUAGUAGUAGUAGUAGUAAUGAUAAUGAAGUAUCAGAUUUCAUCGACCAACACAUAUACUCCACAACACAGCUAAAGAUGGACUUGUCUGGUUCCUUGUCCAUUAUCUUGGGUCUGCUUUUGCCAAUACUUCAGGAGCCAUUUAGGCAGAUUCUGAAGAGAAUUCCUGGCACCAUGGACUGGAAGAUUGAGCGUACCAACCAGAAACUAAGUGGCCGUCUUGAUGAGAUUGUGGAGAAGAGAAUGAAAGACAAGGCACGAAGUUCGAAGGAUUUCUUGUCACUCAUACUUAAUGCCAGAGAAACAAAAGCUGUUUCAGAGAAUGUGUUCACACCUGACUACAUAAGUGCUGUUACUUACGAGCACCUACUUGCUGGCUCCGCAACCACUUCCUUUACCUUGUCUUCUGUUGUCUAUUUGGUUGCUGGACACCCUGAAGUUGAGAAAAAGUUGCUUCAUGAGAUUGAUGGGUUUGGUCCAGUGGAUCAGAUACCCACUUCUCAAGAUCUUCAUAACAAGUUUCCUUAUCUUGAUCAGGUGAUCAAAGAGGCCAUGAGGUUUUACACUGUCUCUCCCUUAGUUGCAAGAGAAACAUCAAAUGAAGUAGAGAUUGGAGGCUAUCUCCUUCCAAAGGGGACUUGGGUCUGGUUAGCGCUUGGAGUUCCAGCAAAAGACCCCAAAAACUUUCCAGAGCCAGAAAAGUUCAAACCAGAUAGGUUUGACCCCAACUGUGAAGAAAUGAAACGAAGGCAUCCUUAUGCUUUUAUACCAUUUGGAAUUGGUCCUCGGGCUUGCAUUGGUAAACAAUUUUCCCUACAAGAGAUCAAGCUUUCUCUGAUUCAUUUAUAUCGAAAAUACUUGUUUCGGCAUUCUCCCAAUAUGGAAAACCCCUUAGAACUCCAGUAUGGGAUAGUCCUCAACUUCAAGCAUGGGGUCAAGCUCAGAGUCAUAAAAAGAACAGAGACUUGCUAAGUAAACGGUUCAGACAUGGCUUAUACUAGUACAGAGUUCAGAAGAUGAAUUAUAAGAUGGAGUGUGCUAAAAUCCAAUAAUGAAAAAUUGUAAUGUUACGCAGAAUCAGCCAAUAAGUGUUUAAAAUAAUAAGGUCAAAGAGUGUGUUUGCAUUUCCCAAAUAUAGAAUUGUAAGUUUAUAAGAGUAAGAGACACUCUUCCUACAAGAUUAUGAAUGACAUUAUCAUUUGUGGUAAAAAAAAACACUCAAAAGCAUAUGACAAAAUCCGUCUAAAUAUGUUAACAAAACGGGUGUUUCCCCA